AUGUGUUGAGUGCUGAAUAUGGCGGCUACCAUUGCACGUAAUUCAAGAAAAAUACUGUUUUUCCUUAAAAAAUGCGUAAUAAAUAAAAGAAUUCCCUUUUAUGGGCCAUUCUGUCAUCCAAAUUAUCAUGGAAUAAUUUGCUAUUCUACAAUAUAUCGGGAAAAGUUGACUGUCAAGAAGAUCAUUAAUUUGAAGCCUUUCCAUAAAAAUAUAGUCGUAGAGGGCUGGAUUCGUGCAGUUCGAAAACACAAGGAAAUAAUAUUUUUAGAUAUCGAUGAUGGAUCAUCCAUGGAGCGUCUUCAAGUUAUCUUGAGUCCAGGGAACAAAUUUUGUGCUACUGAUAUAAACUAUGGAGAAGCUGUUAGAAUUCAAGGAAUUCUUGAAAGAAGUACCAGUAAGGGCCAAGAAAUUGAACUGAAAGCAGAAACACUGAUGGUUCUAGGAUCAUGCAAAGUUGAGGACUAUCCUUUCAACCCCAGAACAAAACAUUCAGUAGAGUAUGUUAGACAGUAUUUACAUUUAAGGCCGAGAACAAGGGAUUUUUCUUCUUUGCUCAGGACAAGAAAUGCAGCCACCAGAGCUAUUCAUCAAUAUUUUGAGAACCACAAUUACAUACAGAUUCAUACUCCAGCAAUUACAUCAAAUGACUGUGAAGGUGCAGGUGAAGUGUUUUCUAUUCAGCCAGUAUUUCAAAACUUGAAAAAUUCGUCUAACACUUCCAGUAAAGAUGCUAGCCAGAACUCUGUGGAUUUUCCAAACCCAGACUGCUUUUUUGAUAUUCCUGUUUACCUAACAGUUUCUGCACAACUUCAUUUAGAGGCAGCAGCAUUAGCAUUGUCCAAUGUCUACACGUUUAGUCCAGCAUUUCGAGCUGAAAAUUCCCAAUCUCGGCGACAUCUCAGUGAGUUCUAUAUGGUGGAAGCAGAGAAGGCUUUUGUUACUUCUGUAGAAGAUAUAAUGGAGGUUGUUGAAGAACUGGUUAAGUAUACCACAAGAUGCAUCUUAGAAUGGUGUUCAGAGGAAUUAAGAGUAUUUAAUGGAGAGACCAAUUCCAGUCAAGUGAUGAAAAUAGAAAAAAUGUUAGAAAAGCCCUUCAUACGCAUGACGUACAGUGAAGCAUGUGAAGUGUUUCAAAGUAAAAAGGAUUUAAUUCAAGGUUACUUUAAGUGGGGUGAGGAUCUGCGGAAUGAACAUGAACAGUGUCUGCUGAAGCACUGUGGGGAAACCCCUGUGUUUGUAACAAAUUUUCCUGCAGAUAUCAAACCCUUUUACAUGAAGCGAAGCCAUACAGGAACCACAGUAGAAUGUUUUGAUCUUCUUAUGCCUACUGGUGGUGAAGUAUGUGGAGGGAGUCUUCGAGAAGAUGAUGAGAUGGUUUUGAAGGUCCGCUUGAAAAAAGCUGGAUUAGAAGAUUCCCUAAAAUGGUAUCUUGAUCUUAGAAGGUUUGGCUCAGCACCACUUGGUGGAUUUGGUUUAGGAUUUGAACGUUACCUGCAAUAUUUACUUGGAAUUAACAAUAUUAAAGACACAAUCCCUUUUCCUCGUUGGCCUCAUCAUUGCCAGUUGUAAAAUGUGUGGCAAAUGUAAUUAGAAUGUAGUAAUGUUUAAUUAAACAAAUUUUCUUGAAGAAAAAAA